AUGGGUGUUCCGGCUCUCUUCCGAUGGCUCACCAAAAAAUAUCCCAAGAUCAUUACCCCCGUGAUCGAGGAACAACCUUAUGAAGUUGAUGGAGUGCAAUAUCCUGUGGACACCACCCAGCCGAACCCGAAUGGAGAAGAGAUGCACAACCUUUACCUUGAUUUCAACGGCAUCGUCCACCCCUGUUCGCAUCCCGAGAACAAGCCUCCUCCAGCAAAUGAAAGCGAGAUGAUGUUGGAAAUCUUCAAGUACACCGAUCGCGUUGUGAACAUGGUGCGACCGCGGAGAUUGUUGAUGAUCGCAAUUGAUGGUGUCGCUCCUCGUGCAAAGAUGAACCAGCAACGUGCUCGUCGUUUCCGGUCAGCAAGGGACGCGAAAGAGGCGGAUGAAAAGAAGGCGGAGUUUCAAACACUCCUUCGUCAACAACAGCGUGAUAUGGAUGAUGAUGAAGACGAAGAAACAGUGGACGACGUAAUCAAGAAAACAUGGGAUAGUAAUGUCAUCACACCUGGCACGCCUUUCAUGUUCAUUCUUGCUCAAUCUAUUCGAUAUUGGGUCCAGUGGAAGCUGAACACGGAUCCUGCCUGGGCUCAGCUGAAGGUCAUAAUCUCAGAUGCCAGCGUGCCCGGAGAAGGUGAGCAUAAGAUUAUGCAGUUCAUUCGUUCCCAGCGUUCAGAUCCCGCCUAUGAUCCAAACACGAGACACGUCAUGUAUGGGCUUGAUGCAGACCUAAUAAUGCUUGGAAUCGCCACGCAUGAGCCUCACUUUCGCGUCCUUCGAGAAGAUGUCGAUGUCAGAGAUGCCAAAGCCAAGACCUGCAGGCUCUGCGGCCAGCAAGGUCAUUAUGCCGAGAAUUGCAGAGGCGAAGCCAAGAAAAAAUCUGGUCAUUUCGACGAAAAAGGUACGACAGAGGAGCUGAAGCCAUUUGUCUGGCUAAAUGUGCCCAUACUUCGUGAGUAUCUUGGUGCAGAGAUGUUCGUUCCUGGUCAGACCUUCCGUUUCGAUCUUGAGCGUGCCCUUGACGAUUGGGUCUUCAUGUGUUUCUUCGUUGGCAAUGACUUCUUGCCUCAUCUUCCUAGCCUUGAAAUCAGAGAAGACGGUAUCGAUAAACUCAUUGCCAUUUGGAGAGACAAUAUCCCCAUCAUGGGCGGUUACUUGACCUGCGACGGAAGAGUUGACCUUGCACGUGCCCAGAUCAUUCUACAGGGCCUGGCGAAGCAAGAGGACGCAAUCUUCAAACGCAGGAAAGAAACGGAAGAUAGGCGGGCCCGGAAUGAGCAGCGGCGGAACCAGGCAAAUGAGGCUCGAGAGGCCCGCUUCGCGAAGAGACGCCGUAGCUCGCCUGACUACAACAAGGGUGGCAGAGCCGAUACUCGGGUGCCUACCGGACCUGUUGAAACCUUUGAGGCUUCAAACUUCCCCGUCUUGGACUACAACUCCAUUGUGAACAGAGCUGCUGUGGACAAAACCCUGGUGUCGAACAAGAGUGCAGCAGCAGUCCUGAAAGAGCAGAUGCUCGCCAAGCGGGCUGCUGAAACAGCUGCCAAGAAUGGUGCCAACGGCAUCAAUGGCCCCCCCAGUUCCUCGGAUGCCAGUCCUUCGUCAAUACUGGGCAAGCGAAAGGCUGCAACACUGGAAGAUGAGGCAGAGAACGAUGGCACGCCUGCAUCAGCAGGAGACAAGCGGAAGGCGGCGUUGAUGGACGAAGAUGAAGAAAGUGCUGGUACUCCUGGGAGGAAUACACCGAUUGAGAAAAAGACUUUCAACAAUGGAGAUCCCAACGACCCUCCACCAGACACAGUCCGCUUGUGGGAGGAGGGAUAUGCUGACCGCUAUUAUGAGCAAAAAUUCCAUGUCGACCCCAAGGAUCUCGCCUUCCGCCACAAGGUCGCCGAAGCCUACGUGGAAGGACUGUGUUGGGUGUUGCUAUACUAUUUUCAAGGUUGCCCAUCUUGGACAUGGUACUAUCCUUAUCACUAUGCACCAUUCGCUGCAGACUUUGUCGACAUUGAGAAAAAGACUGUCAAGUUCGACAAAGGAACACCAUUCAAACCAUAUGAGCAAUUGAUGGGUGUAUUGCCUGCAUCUUCCAACCACGCCAUUCCCAGCGCUUUCCAUCCGCUCAUGACUGAUCCUGACUCCGACAUUGUCGAUUUCUACCCACAGGAGUUUGACCUCGAUCUCAAUGGCGCGAAACAGUCCUGGAAAGCCAUUGUAUUGCUGCCCUUCAUUGACGAGAAACGACUCCUCGCGGCCAUGGCCACAAAGUAUCCUUUGUUGACGGAUGACGAGCAUGCGAGAAACGAGCGAGGCCACGACGCUCUGAUAAUAUCGGAUCAGAAUCCUUUGUACGACAUCCUAGCGAUGAAGUUCUACUCGAAAAAAGCCAAAGAUGGACCAAGCACCGUGAAAUUGUCAAUGCAAAAGAGUCAGCUGGCUGGCGAAGUAACCAAAAACGAAGAUUUCCUACCUCAUAUGUACCUGACGGGACCACAAGAAGACAUCAGACUGGAACCCGAGGUCGACGACGAUCGCUCUUUGAAUGUCUUUUUCACAAUGCCGCCUCCUACCCAUGUUCACAAGUCCAUGUUGUUCCCCGGAGUUGUCUUGCCGGCCCCGGUCCUCGAUAAAGGGGACUUGGCAAUGGUGCGAUCGAAGGCUAGGGUAUCGGGAAGGGAUUUUGGCGGCGCCCCACUUUACGACAAUACUCGACGCGACCGUUUCGAUACACAAAAUCGGGGAGGACGCAUCAACUACGCUGCGGACCGCCCUCCGUUUGAUGCAGGCCCUCCUGGCAUGCCUCCACCGAAUCAAUGGCCUCCAGGAAUGCCUCCGCCUCCCCCACCGGGCUACGGCAACCAAGGAGGGUAUAAUCGUGGUCCACCGCCUGCAAACGGAUACGGAGGGUAUGGCACACAUACUGCUCAGGGCUAUGGUGGUCAGGAUCAGGGUUAUUAUGGCAACCAGGGACAGCAAAAUCAUGGCGGAACCAACCAGUACCACGGCAGCAAUGGACAAUAUCAGCAGAAUGGUGGGAGGUCUUUCAGUGAUGGAUAUUAUCAAGGUCAAAGUCGGGGUCCGCCCGCGAGAGAUAACCGAAGUGGAAACUAUGGUAGCGGCGGAUACAAUCAAGGUGGCUAUGGCCGACGUUAA